GUAUCGUGUCGCUGCUAAAAUCUGCAGCACGUAUUUAAAAAAAAAAAGUUUUUUUUUUUAAUUCUUAUCAUUAUGGUCAGAAAAAAAUAGCCAGAAAGUGUAGUUAAAAUUCUUUUGUUUUCAAAUGUCAUUGGAAUAAAAUUGUUCUUAAUUUAAAAAUCCGUGAAGUGUCACUGGCUGGAAAAUUUGUAGUGUAAAAACGAAUAUGGAAAAAAGUUAACACCGAUGGAUUCAUAACAAAAAGUGAAAAGCGUCGAGAUACGCGUGUCUCGCUCGCCUCGUGCACUUCCGAUUCGUUACUUCCCGCGACUGGACGUGUCUAUGGUCCAAGAAAAAACAAAGUGAAAACAUGUGCCAAGUGUAGUGCGAAAAUGUGUGAAAAUCUCUUUGACAUCUUCAUCGGCGGGAAGAGAUAACUGCAUUUCGGAUUUGGAACGCGCGUUGACAGUGACAGAUAUGAUUUUUAAAAGGACUUUUUUGUUUUUAAUCGUGUUCGCGGGAGUUUUGAGUUCGGAUACAGAGAAUGAUGUGUUGACGUUGCAAGACGAUUUAGAAAUUAAGGAUGUGGAAAUACCUUCUGAUAGAAGAAGGCCUGCGAAUGAGCAAGAGAAGGAUAUAUUGUUAUUAGACGCAUUGGGAAGGAGAAAGGGAUCGUAUCACAGUUCCUACGGAUCGUCACAGGAGGAUGAUUCUAUUAUGGAUUUGUUGGGAAAAAUGAUACCGCAAACGUGCCGCUACCGUGGUGCUCGCUACCCGUGCGGCUUGAGCAUAUCCUGCGUGCUGGGGGGAGGGAAACCCCUGGACCUGUGCUCUGGGGGCAUGAUCUGGGCGUGCUGCGUGGACAGAGACACCACGGAGAGGCCGAGCGAGAUUGCACCUGUAGUCCACAACGCCAGUGACCUUAUAGAACUCAUCGGGUCAUUCCCCCACGACAACUUCGAGUAUCCCAAUACUAACCACUACGACGACCCCGUCAUCAUCUACACCGACCAGAAUCGCCCAAACACCCAACACAACCGCCCAAAACCAGAUCUGGAUCAAAAUAAACCCGACUGGGAAUAUCAGAACCAUUAUUUUCAUGUGAAGCCCUCUUACCAUGAGAGUAGCACGCACAAACCGGAAGUGUAUUAUCCGGACAAAUUUCCGGAUAAGUUUCCGGAUCAAAACGGCGGUGAUGAUGAUUAUGUGCCAGUACACACGAACGGUCAUAAGCCAAGGCCUUAUCCGGGCUGCGGCGAGCACUUCACGCGGUCGAACCGCAUCGUCGGCGGGCACUCGACCGGGUUCGGGUCGCACCCGUGGCAAGCUGCUCUCAUUAAGUCGGGCUUCCUCAGCAAGAAGCUCGCGUGUGGAGGCGCCCUUAUCUCAGACCGAUGGGUGAUCACUGCCGCCCAUUGUGUUGCCACCACCCCGAACUCUCAGCUGCGCGUGCGCCUGGGCGAGUGGGACGUGCGGGACGCGGACGAGCGCUACUCGCACGAGGAGUUCGCGGUGCAGCGCAAGGAGGUGCACCCGCAGUACGAGCCCGCCGACUUCCGCAACGACGUCGCGCUCGUGCAGCUCGACAGGGGCGUUGUCUUCAAACAGCAUAUAUUGCCUGUGUGCCUGCCGGUGAAGCAGCUGAAGCUGGCCGGCAAGAUGGCGACGGUGGCGGGCUGGGGGCGCACGCGCCACGGCCAGGCCACGGUGCCCUCCGUGCUGCAGGAGGUGGACGUGGAGGUGAUCCCCAACGAGCGCUGCCAGCGCUGGUUCCGCGCCGCCGGCCGCCGCGAGACCAUACACGACGUCUUCCUCUGCGCCGGGUACAAGGAGGGUGGUCGAGACUCCUGCCAGGGCGACUCCGGCGGGCCCCUCACGAUGAAGCUGGAGGGGCGCUCCACGCUCAUAGGGCUGGUGUCGUGGGGCAUCGGCUGCGGCAGGGAGCACCUGCCCGGAGUCUAUACCAACAUACAAAAAUUCGUGCCUUGGAUCGACAAGCUCAUAAGCCCCUGAUAGAUGGCGAGAUAGUUCUGAAUGUCGCCGCUAGAUGGCGCUGU